AUGCCGCCCAAAAAGGUCCAAAAUGAGCCGAAGAAGACCAAAGCGUCCGCCGCCGACAAGACGUUUGGCAUGAAGAACAAGAAAGGCGGUGCCGCGCAAAAACAAAUCAAACAGAUCCAACAAGCCAGCUCCGCCGCCAAAAACCCCGACGAAAAGCGUAAGGAAGCUGAAAAGCUCGCGCGAGAGAAAGAGAAAGAGGCGGCGGAGCAGGCGAAGCGCGAAGCUGCUGAACUAUUCAAGCCAGUCAAUAAUCAGAAGGUGGCCUUUGGAGUGGAUCCCAAGACCGUGUUGUGCCAGUUUCAUAAGAAGGGGAUAUGUGAUAAAGGGCGGAAGUGCAAGUUCAGUCACGACUUGGAUAUUGAGCGGAAGACGGAGAAGAGAUCUUUAUACACGGAUACGAGGGAAGGCGAGGAAGACGAGGACGGGGAGGAUGGGAAGAAGAAGGAUGAUAUGGCUGAUUGGGACGAGGAGAAGUUGAGGCAGGUGGUUAUGAGUAAGCAUGGGAAUCCGAAGACGACGACGGAUAAAGUGUGCAAGUUUUUCAUCGAAGCGGUGGAGAAUCAGAAGUACGGCUGGUUCUGGACUUGUCCAAAUGGGGGUGACAAGUGCAUGUACAAACACUCUCUACCUCCUGGUUUCGUGCUCAAGACGAAGGAGCAGAGGGCGCUGGAGAAGGCGGCAGAGAAGGAUCAGCAGGUUUUGACGCUGGAGGAUUUCUUGGAAAGUGAGAGGCAUAAGUUGAGCGGGACUUUGACGCCGGUGACGCCCGAGAGCUUUGCGAAGUGGAAGCAGGAGAGGAUGGAUAAGAAGGCCGCGGAGGAGCAGGCGCAGAAGAUGAAGGAGGCUACCGGAAGGGCGUUGUUCGAGAAGGGCGAUUGGGAGGGGAGUGAUGUUGAUAGUGAUGACGAGGGGGACGGUGGUGGGUUUAAUCUCGAGGCUUUGCGAAGAGAGACAGAGAUUGCGAGGCAGAAGAGGGAGGAAGAGAGGUUGGCGGGGUUGGGUAUGGGGCCGGAUGGCGAGUCGCUUCAGAACGGAACCGAGGCGAAUGGGUAUUAG